AUGGAAAUUGUCGUCCAUUGCCGCGGUCUUUUCGCAACCAAACGAAUGGGGCUUUCAACAUCUCUCAUCUGGUUCUCGUGGCUUCUCAUCGGCUUAGCUUAUCCUCUCUACAACGUCUUCCUACCCACUUACCUGGCUACCCGUGGGGCUGAAUUCGGCGAACAGUCUCAGACCAUUUAUUGGCGCAACUAUGCUAUUGCUAAUCUCUGCUCCAUCCCAUCUCCAAUUCUGGCAGGAUACAUGUGCAGGAGUAAAUUCUUUUGGGGUAGAAGAGGAACGAUGAUCAUUGGCGCUCUAACCACCAUGGCAUUCUUCUUCGCUUACACUCAAAACAUCUACUAUGCCACGCUGUAUGCUUACACUCCAGAAGUACUCCCAUCCGCUCACCGUGGUACUGGAAACGGUAUUGCUAUUGCGAUGAACAGAGUCAUGGGCAUCAUUAGUGCUGUCGUUGCAACCUAUGCAAACACCAGUACCCCUGUUCCGAUCUACAUCUGUGCUGCGUUGUAUAUCGUUAUGGCUUCCGUAGCCGCUGCGUUCCCCUUCGAACCCAUGGGCAAGAGAAGUUCUUGA